AAUCCUCUAACAUACUACGCGUCAGCUAACAGACCCAGUCUCUCAUAUGUUAACAGGCGUGCAGUAGCUGAAGUCCAUCUUCUCACUCCUCUGAUCCUUUCCUUUCUCUUCCACCGUCACGGAAACCACACGCAUCCGCUCUCAAAAAAAGAAGAAAAAAAAAAUCACACGCAUCCAAAGGGCAAAAGCGAAGCAAGAAAAGGCAAUCGGAAUCUCAACUCCCGACUCGAUUACCACCUCAAGAAAAGCGCUUGCUCAUCUCCCAUUCCGUCUCGCCGUGGGCCGCCAUGAUCAUCAAGACCCUCAAGGCGCGCAUCCUUCGCGCUCUCAAGUCCCUUCCGGCCGCAUCCCCCGGCGCGGACUCCCCUCCGCCGUCCCCUACCAAGCCCGGAAUCCGCGGCGGCGGCGGAGGCGGAGGCGUCUCGUCCGUCCACGCCGACGCCUUCUCCGACGACGCGUCCUUCUUCGACGCCCACGAGGAGGAGGCGCCCACCAAGAACCACUCUGCGGAGCCGCUCGACGCGUGGGAGCUCGUCGACCAGGAUGGCCGCGCCGCGCCUGCGCCGGCGGAACCCGACCCCUGCCCCGACCCGCUGCUGGAUUUCCCCGUCAGGUGCCCGCCGGGCGGGGAGCGCGCCGUGGUGCUCUACUCCACCACGCUCCGCGGCGUGCGUCGGACGUUCGAGGACUGCAACGGCGUGCGCGCGCUGCUGGAGUGCCUCGCCGUCGCGUUCCAGGAGCGCGACGUGUCCAUGGACAGGGGCCUCCGGGACGAGCUGUGGGGGCUCACGGGCGAGAAGGCCGUGCCUCCGCGGCUCUUCGUGCGCGGCCACGACGUCGGCGGCGCGGCGCAGGUGCUCGCGCUCCACGAGGAGGGGCGCCUCGUGUCCCUGCUGUCGUUGCCAAACGCGGGGAACGACGACAAGAAGCAGCAGCAGCGCGCCGCCGGAGCCGGCUGCUGCAAGAAGAAAUGCGAGGCGUGCGGGGGGCUCAGGUUCGUGGUCUGCAGCGAGUGCGACGGGAGCCGUAAGGUGUUCGACGGCGAGCGUGGCCGCGGCGCACGGUGCCGCGUGUGCAACGAGAACGGCCUCGUCAUGUGCCCGCUUUGCUUGUAGCUGAUUGAGCUCAAGUAAUUAGUGCUCAAUUACCUUCUACUCUUCUACUACCAAUUACUGCUGCUGCUUAAUUUUAAUCUUUCUUUCAUUAGUUUCUACUAGUUGAUGUGUGUUGACAGUUUCUUUCAUUAGUUUCUGCUGCUUCUGCUGCUUGGUGCUUGAACUCGGAUCCUCUGACUAAUGUUUGUGCAGUAAAAUAAGUCUAGCGCUACAGUAGUCUAUAUUAAUUAAUCAUCUAAGAUUUAUUACUACUGUAGAUCUUCUACAGGUGGCUUGUCAUGUACAUACUUGUUGAAUUUGAACACUGUGUGAUGUAUAUGGAAUGAGACUACAAGUGA